AAUAACACCACCUAGUGGGUUGAUGAAUAUCAACAAUUUACUUCCUGUGAUCGAUUUUCUUCCAAGUUGAGUGUAUGGGUGACACAAAGAUAACAGCUGUGCCGGUGAAUUAUGCCAGGUGGAAGACGACUUCUCCCUAGAUCACAGGCAGCGUCUAACCUUGUGCAUCGGUCUCCAAAAUCUGAGAGCAAUACGAGCAACGGAAAUACCCCGACUGAUGAUAUGGCUAGUCAGCAGCAAGUCAUUCUAAAACAUGUUCAUAUCCCAGACAUUCCAAGUGACUCCAACCUUCUGUUUGAACUGAUACUGUUUGUCUACUGUGUGGUGGCUAUGUGUAUGCAGUACAUUAAUCUAUACAAGACAGUUUGGUGGCUGCCACAUUCGCAUGCUACUUAUGCUGUGAAUUUCUACCUAAUUGACCCCCAUUUGGUGCUUUUUCUAGUCUUACUUUUUUCUAGAAGACUGAUAUGGUGCUGGGUGAAAGAGGUUUAUGGUGGGAAAUCCAGCAAAUCUUGCUGCUAUUGGUUUGUGCAAUUGCUGAAGCUGCUUGUAACUGGCUGUGCCUUGUCAUUAUUUGGUUGGGCUGCUUACCAUGUGGUGCUUACUCAUACCUUACUACACAGUCUUUUCUUGUGUUAUCCAUUGGUGAUAUAUUUCAUACUGUUUGGACCAAAUGUAAAGCCACUGUUUGACAGAAGUCUGGUAUGGCCUGCAAGUGUAUCAGAUAAAAGCUCUCCAAAGCAUCGCUCUAGAGAUAGAGAUAACUCUGAAAUUGUGCUCAGACAUACAUGCUCAUCUUCGCCAGAGGCUAUAAGAGAAGAGGUGGAGAGUUUUAAGCAAGAUUUUAACAACCGUGUGAAGCAAGUCCUAUUCAACUCCAUGCUAUGUGCUUACUAUGUAGGCUUUGUCCCGAUAUCAUUUGCACAGAACACAUUAUAUUAUGAUGCCUGGUGGGUAGGACAACAUGUCGUGCUGGUGUGGAUCAGUGCUUUCAUCAUGUUCAUGGUGCACUUCUUGUCACCCAAAUACACAGACAUGCUGCACAAAUGUGCCCUGCAUCUGGGACGAUGGCAGAAAGUGGAGGGCAGACAUGCACAUGUGCCAUACAACCCCUGGUCAGAACUUCAGGUGUGGCAUCAAGGUGCACUGGUCAAACAUGUUAAAGGUUUAUUUAGAGCUGAAGGAUUUAACAACACAGCUGAACCAGGCAACAGCAUGCACACAAGAUUUUAUUUUCUUUUUUACCACCCUCUUCGUGUUGGUGGAUGGCUGCUGCUGCUGACAACUCUCCUCAUUGGCUACCAGUUUUUUACCCUGACACAGUGCACAGAAUGGAGCCACACUCUGACACUAGCCGUCAUAUUGUUUGCCAACUAUUACAUUCUCUUCAAGCUCCUCCGAGAUCAAUUUAUACUGAGACAAUGUUACAGAGAUGAGAAAACAUUACUUCAGCAACCUAAAGAGUGAAUAGAAAAUGGAUCUUGGUAUAUUUUAUUCCUGGGUCGUUUCCUUUGAGAGAAAAAAAUACAAAACAUCAAAAAAUACUUUUUGUCACACCAAGUAUCAAAGGCUCACAAGAUUUUAUUGGUAAUAUGGUGACACAUUUUAGUUUGCCCUUGUGAUAAUAUUAAAUAUUUCCUCAUGAUGAACUGUAUCUCUCCAUCCAGGUAUGCACCAUUUUUCACUUUGCCUUUUAUUGUAAUAGUAUUGUUGUUGCAGAAACAGUAUUAGAUAUAAAACAUAUAAUUUCUGUGUGCAUUUGUAAAUUCUAGGAAUAAUUUAUAUCAACCUCACUGGAUAAGAUGUUUCCUUUCUUUUGACUGCCAGGAAAGUGAUUUUACUAGGCAAGUAGUCUUGUUUAUAUUAGCAUUGAUAUUGUAUUUUUAGGAAAUAUAUGUUAUUAAGAAAUGA